AUGGUCAGGAAACUCAAGUUUCAUGAGCAGAAGCUCUUGAAGAAGCAUGACUUUGUCAAUUACAAGCAGGAUAACAAGCAUCGGGAUCAUGAUGUUUCGAGGCGGUAUAUGAUUCAGAAGCCGGAGGAUUAUCACAAAUACAACAAGAUUUGUGGCUCUCUUCGACAAUUGGCCCACCGUCUUAGUUUGCUUCCACCAGAUAACGAGGUCAGAAGAAAACACGAGACCCUUCUUCUGGACAAGCUCUAUGACAUGGGCAUUCUUUCGACCAAGUCAAAGCUGUCUAAUGUCGAGCACAAAGUCACAGUCUCAGCCCUUGCCAGACGGCGGUUACCAGUCGUCAUGACCAGAUUACGCAUGGCCGAGACCGUCCAGGCUGCUACCAAGAUGGUGGAGCAGGGCCAUGUCCGUGUUGGUGUUGAGCAAAUCCAAGAUCCCAGCUUUCUGGUGACGAGAAGCAUGGAGGACUUCGUCACCUGGACCGCUGACAGCAAGAUCAAGCGGAACAUCAUGAAGUACCGCGACAAGCUCGAUGAUUAUGAUCUGCUCUAG